CUCCAUACUUUUUCUUCAAACUGUUGUACUGAUUUAAAUAAUAUACAAAAAAUAAUUUCGGAGUGGGGCCAGAAAAUAGCCAACCAGAGGAUUUUUCAGACUAUAUUUUUCUUUAUUAUUGUUCAAUCUUAAAAAUAUUCUAUAUUAAUCCUCAAUUAAUAUUUGCUUUCCUGCAAUUUUUGUUUUGCUUCCUACCUUGAUUAUCUCAGAAUUAAUUGAUUCUUUCCCACUAUCAAUUUUGAAUAUAAAGAUCUUGAUUUCCAUUAUAUUUAAAAUUACAGUCCAUCUUUCUUUUUUUUCUUCAUUUCUGUCUAAUCUUCACCACUUAUAUCUGAUUUCUUAAAAAUAUUUGCAAAUAAAGAUGGUUGAUACUGAAAUUAAAAAGAAACCUGUUAAUCCAAGUAAUUUAUUACUUGGUGCAACUUUGAACUUUCUUGAAGUUUCCACACUUGGUCAACCUUUAGAGGUCACCAAAACCACCAUGGCUGCUAACAGAGAAUUUGGCAUAUUGAGAGCAGCCAAACACGUUUGGUCCAGAGGUGGUGUUUUUGGUUUCUACCAAGGUUUAAUUCCAUGGGCUUGGAUUGAAGCUGGUACCAAAGGUGCUGUCUUAUUAUUUGUAUCUGCUGAAGCUGAAUAUCAAUUCUCAAAAUUAGGAGCUUCGAACUUUGUUUCUGGUAUUGGUGGUGGUGUUAUUGGUGGUUUAGCCCAGGCCUAUGCCACUAUGGGGUUUUGUACUUGUAUGAAAACCGUUGAAAUCACCAGAGCAAAAUCUGCUAAUGCUGGUGCUCCAGUUGAAUCAUCCUUUCAGGUCUUUAAAAAAAUUUAUAAAGCUGAAGGUAUAAGAGGUAUUAAUAAAGGUGUUAACGCUGUUGCAAUCAGGCAAUGCACUAAUUGGGGUUCAAGAUUUGGUUUUGCAAGAUUAUCAGAAGAAAUGAUUAAAAAAAUUGUUGGAAAAUCUGAAAAAGACCCUUUAAAUCCUUUCGAAAAAAUUUUAGCUUCAACUGUUGGUGGUGGUUUAUCUGCCUGGAACCAGCCAAUUGAAGUUAUUAGAGUUGAAUUACAAAGUAAAAAAAACGAUCCAAAUAGACCAAAAAAUUUAAAUGUUUUAUCUGCUUUUAAAUAUAUUUAUCAAACCAAUGGUAUAAAAGGUCUUUAUAAAGGUGUAACUCCAAGAAUUGGUUUGGGUAUUUGGCAAACUGUUUUCAUGGUUGGUUUUGGUGAUAUGUGUAAAACUUAUAUUGCUAAUUUACAAAAACAUUAAUAGAAUUUUUUUCUUUUUCUUUUUUCCUUUAUAGCUAUCAUUAAUCGUCUGUCAUCCUUCUAGAAUAUUUUUGUUUUUUUGCUCAUUUUUUUGGAUUCAUUUUAACAUCCUUAUAAACUGAUAUAAUUAAAUAUAUUGGUAUAUUGUAAUUUGUU